AGACGAUGGGUUUGCGUGUCAUUAUGUUGCUUGCUUGGCCUUGCUGCUGCUGCUGCUGCUGCUGCUGCUUUUGCUUGCAUGCACAUCAGAAAGAUAAGCGCAAACAGCAGGUAUGUAAUAGCCAUAGUGGGAUGACCGAUAAAAAAAGAAGACAUUUUGGAGUGGACCUGUGUCCUCUCUUGUCCACUCCCACCCCUUAACAUAAAUAUUUGUUCUUUCUUUCUCCAACUCUCGGUUGGGUUUCUUCUUUACGUUCCCCCCCCCUCCUUUCUCUGAUACUCUCUCUUUAAUCACUCUUUUUCUGUUUUUGUUCUUCCUUUUAAAUAAUACAACGUAUGAUAAAUCAUGGCGACAACAGUUGCGUCAGCAGCCAAUAAUAAUAGCAGUGAUCCGCCCGGGACGACAGCGACAACUGCCACUACAACCACCCACUCCACCUCCGAAUCGCUUCAUGGAAAUGAGCACAAACUAUGGAAGAUCAUUAAGAAGCAACGACUCGUCAUUCAGGAUCUUCAAAAGGCGUUAGCCGAAGUGACAGCCGACCGGGACAACUUGCUGACUCGCUACAAUAAUUAUAAGGAUUCGACUAAUACUGCUCCUACUGCUUUUACUGCCAUGCGGCCGUCUGUACAACAUGACAGGUGUGACAGUUUGAUGGAUGACGACGGUGUCGUUAUGCUCAGUAGUAGUCAUAGCAGCAGUAGCAGCAACAGUAGCAAUAGCAACAACGGCUGUCCUCAGAAACAACAUGACCAGCAUCAUCAUCCGCAUCAUCCUCUUCAGCAACAGCCGCAAGGACCAACACCUCCGCCCCGAUCUCCUUACCGGCAGCACCUAAAAGAGGAUAACACGCCGCAUCGUGUCGAUAGUUUGUGUGACAACAACAGCAAGAGUCGUAGUAAUAGCAGUAGUAGCAACAGUAGCAGCAGCAGAAAAGACGUCUCGGUCCGAUCUUCGUCACUGCCGGUGGCCACCGCCUCUAUUCAUGCUAAUAGCCGACCCAUCUCGCCCGGCAGUGACCAGACUAUCGUCAUCACGUCGCCUGUAAAUGCCAUCAUGGAUAAGGACGCGCAGCUGUUUGCCAGAUACCAAGAGUCCCAGAAACGAGACGGUGUUUGGAAGGUGUCAGUACACCGACGUAACAAUAACACUAACAGCAGCAGCAACAACAGUAAUGGCAGCAGUGAUGACCCGUGGCUUUGGCCACCAGCAGCUCCUUCUCCUCCUCCUCCUCCUCCACCACCACCAUCACCACCUGCACAUCAAAAGAAAACACAGCAACCGCAUCAGCAUCGACACGUGCGCCGUGCAUCAUCUCAGCCUGCCAUCUCGACGGCGCAAAAAAAGGCAGCUGCACAAAUCAGCAACAACGGCGACUCUUCUGCGGAAAACUCAUUAGCUGGUAUCAACGUCAAGGUCCUUGGGUCUAACAUCACCACCAAUACUAAAGGAAAAGGCGUAAUAUUGUUCACCAUUUCUGUGCGCAAGGACAUGGAUGAUAUGGCGAGAGAACUCUGGCGUAUCGAAAAGCUAUAUUCCGAUUUCCUGGCCCUGGAUAGCAAGCUGAAAUCACAAAGCCGUCCAAGAACAGGCAAAAUUAGCAAACUGCCCGACAAGGCACUGUUCGCGACGCAUACUCCAAACAAAGCGGACCAAAGAAAAAUGGCCAUUGAAAAGUAUUUGCAACAUAUGAUUGGCGUACCAUGGCACAAUGCGUCUGCCCUUUUCGACUUUUUAAGCUCAAAUAGAGUCGAUCGUAAAGAUGAUGCUUGUCAAGUGACUCCAGGGCGCAAGGAGGGGUAUCUGACCAAACGAGGAAAAAGUUUUGGUGGUGGAUGGAAGACUCGAUACUUUGUUCUAGACGGUCCUUCACUACGGUUUUAUGAAAGCCGAGAUGGCGCCCUAUUAGGAACAAUCCAUAUUCCAGACACGCAAAUAGCUCGCCAACAUGCACAGUCAAAUACUCAGACAUCAGCUGAGAUGCGACAUGCUUUUCUCAUAGUUGAGCCCAAGAAGCUUUCGUCGCCGACUAGUGGCGUGAACCGACAUUUGCUAUGUGCCGAAUCAGAUGAAGAGCGAGACCAGUGGGUGGACGCACUGACACAGUAUCUCAACUGGGGUGGAGGUGGAUCACCUACUACACUACUGGAUCCUGCCAGCUGUAAAGUCAGUGGUGGCAGCAACAACAGUAAUAAUGCCAACAAUAGCAGCAACAGCAACAGUAAUAGCAAUAUUGUCGGUAUAAGCAAGCAGUUAUCGACAACACGUCACCACAAUCAAUCCCGCGCUACGUCGCCAACAGCUUCACGAAAAGUAUCCAAAGACGAUAUCAAGCCUAUUUCGGCCAUGCCACUUAGCCAACUCAACAGUGACCUUGACCAAAACAAAAAAUUCGCGAGCAUGAUUCCUUCACCACCCUAUUAUCAUCCCCAACGGUCCAACUCAGCCGACUCGUCUGCAGUUCCGUUCAGUGAUUCAGAGACUGUGCCUGUCUUUGAACGACCACCGCUCCGACAGCGAUCGAGUAUGGACCAUGCUUAUUUCCCCGCUGUCCACAAAAAAGCUACAGCAACAAUCUCUUCCGCACGACGAGGGUCCUUGAGUAAUGAUGGUCAUGAAUCUGCAGCAGCUUCAACAGUUAGCAUGGGAGAUAUUGGAGGCGAUGGCAAAAAGAAAAAGGGCAAUCGACGAACGUUCUGGGCAAAGAAGAUAUUUGCAGGCGAUAUGACUACGAGCAUGCCAUCCACAAAUAGUAUCCGCGGUUUUUUGACUCGCAAUUCGAGUGAUUCAUCAGCGGAUCAACAGCCUACAUCACCAUCGUCGCAACAUGGCAACGGCAACAAGGCAAAGAAACCGCACGUUUUUGGUGUUCCGCUGGAAGAGGCCAUCCGUAUCUCUAGAAUUUCGGACAAGUGUGAAUUGCCAGCCAUUGUCUACCGCUGCAUCGAGUACCUUGAAGCGAAAAAUGCAACCCAAGAAGAAGGGAUCUAUCGAUUGAGCGGAAGUGCCGUCAAGAUCAAAUCAUUAAAGCAGCAGUUUGACCAAGACGUCGACAUCAACCUGCUAGAAUCAGACGAGUACCACGACAUCCAUGCAGUUGCCGGUCUUCUAAAACUAUGGCUCCGGGAGCUUCCUGGCAAUGUACUCACUCUUGACCUGCUUAAAGAAUUCCUUCCUGUUAUUGGCAAGUAUUUAGUGGAUCGUGACGAGCGAAUCAAGGAACUUGGUCGACUCGUAUCCAUGCUACCACUCGCCAACUAUACACUUCUUCGAAUCCUUUGCGCGCAUCUUAUUCGAAUUAUCCAAUAUGCCGAUACCAACAAAAUGAACGCACGCAAUGUUGGUAUCAUAUUCUCGCCAACACUCCAGAUACCUGCAGGCAUCUUCAGCCUGUUCUUGAGCGAGUUUGAGUAUAUUUUCUGGACAAACAACGAUACCUAUGAAAGCAACAAAUUACUGAUUCCAUCACCGGCUGAUGUUAACGAAGAUGAGGAGCAGCAGAAUCAUCUGUUACACCAUCCUCAAGGAGAAGAAGACGACGACGAUGAUGAUGUUGAUCGACAUAGCGAGUAUCUCUCAGGACCGUUGCAUCCUACGCAGCCUAUUCCACGGCCCCGUCCUAGUAGCGGUCGUUUACAGCAAAUGCUUCAUGAUGAGCAAGGCCGAUCUAAUCGAAAUAGUGUACAUUAUAUGGAUGGAACCCCAUCUUCCAUAGUCGGACUCGAGAGUGGUAAUGCCAUCAUUGCUGACGAUGAUGAUGAUGUAGAAGAUUUGGAACUGGACGAUGACACCAAUAGCGACGAUGGAGACGACUAUGACGAAAACGAUGAUUAUACUAAGAGAUCAGCAAUAUGCUAUCCAUCGCCGUCAUCAGCAUCAUCAUCACCACCUGAAGUAGUAGCAGACGCUGCAAGUCUUAUCAGUACCUCAGAUUGCCUUUUAGCUAUGAAAUAAUUGCAGCUCCCACACCAUCUUUUCUCAUAUCUUCCUCACCCUUCCUCUCCCUCGUUCUCUAACCCUCCUCUUUCCUUUGUUUUGUUUUCUUACUAUCCAAUCAGCAUUUAGUAUACCGCUCAUAACUUAUACCCCCUUGUUCUUUUUCUUACCUCUUCUAUUGUCUAUUUGUAUGUUGAAGCAUUUAAUAGAGUUCUUUCUGGUGCGAUGAAAUAGUACACUUCUU